AUGGGAUAAAUCUGCAAGAGCUGUGAAAAAAGGGAUAUAGAUAAAACCGAAAUAAGGAUUGAGUCAUCCCCCUAACAUUAGGAAAUAAAAUUUAUUGAAGAUUUUGAAUUCAUUAGUGGUUUAGAUAAAUUAGAAUCAUCAAAGAAAAUGAGUAUGCUCACCUUCCAAAAUAAAAAUAACAGUAGUAGUUACCCUCAUGGAGAUUCACUGUAUCAAGGAUCUCUUUUCAGUGUUGUAACUCCUGAUUUUAGUGCUUUUUCCUCGAAUUUAGUUUAGUGA